GGUCAUAAGGCACUUAACAAGAUUUGACAGGAUGGCAGAGCUGCUCUGAUCCACCUCCCAGUUGCUGGAGCUCACCGUGUGCAUAUAGCAGAGGAAGCUUCUCCUGCAUCAUCUGUUUCUGCAGAGCCACUUUUCCAACGCAAUGCAUCUCUAUCAAAACGUGCCGGUGGUUCAUAAAACUGGUCUCAGAAACCAAAGAAACAGAGCGCAGUGCUGGAUAAGCCCGCCUCGCCAGGUGAUUGAAAAUCAACAACAGCAGGAAGAGCACCUCAUCAAACCACAAAAGCUGAUAAAUCCCAUCCUGGCCUCCAGCCAACGGAGAACUCUUCAUCAGGAGCUGAUUUUCUGCCACAAACAGGGCAUGCUGCCGCGAAAGAAGCCAGAGCUGCAGCGUGUGCUCGAAAACAAAAGCAGAGAGCAGCUGAGGAGAAGGGAACUGGCCCUUCAGCCUCGCUCCGACUUAGAGGUGAAACUGCGCAGAAGGCGACAGAAGAUACAACUUCAUGAGCUGGAGGAGAGGAAAUGGAGGGAAGGCUUGACCAAUGUGCCCGAGUUUGUUCGUGUGAGGCAGUCUUUGAAGCACGUUCCACAUUCUUCCUAACGCGCACCAGAGCAAAGAGGGCAAUAAACACUCCAACUGUGACAGCGUUGCUUG